GGUAUAUCGGAGGAAGCCAUCCUGCCUCUUCCUUCCUCCCCCCACUCCCAGCCUUGGAGUUUUCCACUCCAGACCCGCAAGGAGGAGGAAGGGGGAAAAGACACAAAAACCAAACCCUGGCUCCGAUUGGAGGGAGCUUCCAAAGGUUACCACCCCUCCACCGCCGCCUCCUCUCUCGCUCUGCGGGAGACGCGUCCGCGUGAGGGAGGUUUGUCUCUCGUAAAGUCUCUCCCUGGAUCUACGAUCGCCGGAGGCUUUCGCCGCCAGCCGGACGGAGAGAAGCAAUCGCCGCCGGAGAUUCCAACGGGCGAGGAAAGGAAAAACCCAGACCCAAACACGGGGAAAGGUCGGCUUUAGAUGCCCCUGGAACUGCUUCCCCAACAGGCGAGAGAGAAGACGACGCCAACGGCGGAAUAGCAAGAGAUUCGCGCCCUCCCCUUCCCCGUCUCUUUGCUUUCUGCCCAACUUUUGCGCAGCGCUGGGCUCGAACCGGCGACUCGGUGGGAGGCAACAAAGUUUGCGGAGCCAGCCGAGAGGAUUCUGUGGCUUUCCUCAGCCUCUCUAUCCCCCCGCCCCCCGGUUUCUUCGGCCACAGCUGCGCUCGUGCACCUUCUCCAGUAGGAGAGCCGAGUCUCUGGGUGUCCUGGUGAUGUGGAGGUUUGGGGGAGCUAUCCCCACCAGGGCAGAGACUGAGCAUGACAAAUAGGGGAUCGGUUCGGAACUUUGAGGCGGCUCCGAGGAAAUGCUAAGGUGGAAGUACUUAAGAAGAGCAGCUUUUUGACUCCCAAGGAGGAGAAGCAUAAAAUUCCCCGCUGUACAUUCCCCCCACCCUUUGCCCAGGGGACCUUCAACAUGGGAGCUGUGCCGAUUGCCCCCGUGGCCUUCAGCUUGACUUUGGGGGCUCUGCUGUGCCGAGUGACCGUAGGCCGUGGGGCCCCAGACAACAUACAGAAAUUUUCCUCACUACCAACAUACCUACCUGUAAGAUAUCAGAUCUCCAGCACGGAGAGUUCAUUUUUCCUCAAAGAAGCCAACCAGGAGUUGAUGAGAAAUUCCAGUUUGCAAUCUCGGAUGGAAACCUUUUUUACUUAUAAAGCCAAGAAGAACCCCAUGAUAAAUGCUAGCUAUGGGCCAUUCUCUGUGGAACAUGCCAUACCCCAGGAUCUGCUGCCAACCUCCAACCUUUUUGGAUCCACCAACAAGUUUACGUUCAAUUGGAAGCUGAAAGCCUACAUUAUGAGUGAUAAGGUCUACCUGGCCAGGCCCAAAAUUCAAGUCCUUUUUUACAUUCUGGGAAGAGAUUGGGAUGACUAUAAUACUACGGAACAGCUGCCUUGCAUGAGAGUCUUUGCUUUUCAAGAAACUCGGGAAGUCCGGGGUAGCUGCAGAUUGAAGGGCCACCUGGGCUUGUGUGUGGCUGACCUGGAACUUCAGCCAACCUGGUUUAAUCCACCAACAGUUGUCACUGGCCGUAAGAAAGCAGCCAAUCAGUCUGAAGGAAGCUCAGUAGAGCUUUACUAUACCAUCCAGCCUGGGGAUGAGAAAGGGGAGUGUACCACUGACGACAUGCGGAAGGGUAAUGCCAUCAGGCCAGGGAAGGAAGGGGCAGGGGAAACUAUGUCCCACUUGCAGAGGAUUGGUUCCAUCUCUCUCUACCAGACCCCAGAGACCUCUCAGCUGAUGGAGUUGUGGUUGGACAGCAAUGUUGUCAUCUGGUUGCCCUCGAAGCCUAUCAAACAAGGAGAAGUUGUGAGCGCUCUGGUGAUGGUUGCCAGCAACGUCACAGUGGAUCAUUUCAUUGUGAAGGCAAAAGUAAAAAAAGGGGUAAACAUCCUGAGUGCAAAGGCAAGUGACCCACGGCAGUGGGAUGUGAUGCAGGAGGUAGACAAUAGCGGAAAACACUCAACCACAACCGUGAUGUGUCAAAGAAUAAUGCAGACUUCAAGGAGCAGAAGUAACAAUAAUAAGAUGUUCAGCGAAGUGGUGCGACUGAACUUCGAAAUUGCCAGCUUCAGCAGUCUUUCAGGGACUCAGCCCAUCACCUGGCAGGUGGAAUAUCCCCGAAAGAGGACAACAGACCCAACCCUCUCUGAAAUCUUCAUUUGCCAGAAGGACCUUGUUGGGAUUGUUCCACUCGCGAUGGACUCAGACAUCCUGAACACUGCAAUUCUCACGGGGAAGACAGUUGCAGUUCCCAUCAAGGUGGUUUCGAUUGAAGAGAACAAUGCCGUGACAGACAUCUCGGAAUCCGUGGAAUGCAAGUCCUCUGCGGAAGAUGUUGUCAAAGUUUCCGACAGGUGUGACUAUGUUUAUGUCAACGGCAAGGAAAUGAAAGGCAAGGUGAAUGUAAUGGUCAACUUCACCUACCAAUACCUGAAUGCUCCUCUGCAGGUUACCGUAUGGGUGCCACGCCUGCCUCUUCAGAUCGACGUUUCAGAUACUGAGCUGAGCCAAAUAAAAGGCUGGAGAGUCCCCAUUUUUUCUAACAAGAGACCUACCCGGGACAGUGACGAUGAGGACGAAGAUGAGCGAAAAGGAAGAGGCUGCGCCCUCCAGUAUCAGCAUGCCAUGGUGCGCGUUCUCACCCAGUUCGUGGCCGAGGAUGCCAGCCCAUGGGGACAGCUCACCUAUUUGCUCGGAUCCGAUUGGCAGUUCGACAUUACGGAUUUGGUGACGGACUUCAUGAAGCUUGAAGAGCCUCACGUGGCCCAGCUGCAGGGGGGCAAGGUUCUGGUGGGACAGGAAGUUGGCAUGACAAUGGUCCAGGUCUUGUCUCCAUUGUCUGACUCCAUCUUGGCAGAGAAGACUGUGACAGUGUUGGAUGACAAGGUGACCAUCACAGAUAUGGGGGUCCAGCUGGUAGCUGGAUUGUCACUCUUUCUUCAGCCCAGUGCAGUGAAUAACCAGGCUAUUGUGGCUACUGCUGUUGCCCAGGAGUUGCUCCAUACCCCCAAACAGGAAGCAGUGGUCAGCUCCUGGAUCCAGUUCAGUGAUGGCUCUGUAACUCCACUGGACAUUUAUGACCCCAAAGAUUUCUCCCUUUCUACUUCCUCGCUUGAUGAAUCUGUCAUUUCAGCCCAUCAAAGCUCUACUGUGAAAUGGCCCGUGGUUGCAGCAGAAGGUGAAGGACAAGGCACAUUGGUCAAAGUGGACAUGAUGAUCUCUGAAGCCUGCCAGAAGUCCAAGAGAAAGAGUGUCCUUGCAGUAGGCAAUGGGAGUAUCAAGGUGAAGUUUGGUGAAAAUGACGCCAACUCCCAUGGUGCUGCCAAUUACGAUGCUGCCGAGAUUGAAAACCAUGCGAGUGACCGGAGGCAGAAGAUAUUGGACCAAGAGCGGUAUGGCCAAGAUGGACGGUACUAUGGAAGCCCUUCUGCUGAACGAGAAGAAGGUGCCAUAAGAAAAGUUGGCACUACUGCAAAGUCAACAGUCAAAAGCAAAGUCCUUAAAAACAGCCUUGGUGGAGAAAAACUCUCAGAUGAUGGGCAGCUCCAAAAUAUCCCGAUAGACUUCACCAACUUCCCGGCACAAAUUGACCUUCCCAAAAGCAAUGGUGGCAUGGAGGAGAAUGACCUUGUGCAGGCACCCAGGGGUCUCAGUGACUUGGAGAUUGGUAUGUAUGCCCUGCUAGGAGUCUUCUGCCUCGCCAUCUUAGUCUUCCUAAUAAAUUGUGCCACUUUCACAUUAAAAUAUCGUCACAAGCAAGUGCCAGUAGAAGGGCAAACCUCCAUGAUCCACUCCCAUGAUUGGGUGUGGCUUGGGAAUGAAAGUGAGCUCCUGGAGAACCGAGUGGAUAUCUCAGCCCAGCAGGAUGAACGCACAACUAACAUAGACCGAGGGAUAGGCUUUGAGGAGAGCAACCAGCUUCUCAAUGGCAGCAUGUCAAAAAGCAUCAAGAGUCAAAUCCAUCAGUCAGCUGACUCAGGGGGCAAACAGGUGAAAGAGCCAAAGCUUGAGCCCCCUUUGCAUUCACCCACCUCCAAGCGGAAGCGGGUAAAGUUCACAACAUUCACCACCAUCCCUCCCGACGAUGGUUGCCCCACUGUCAACUCCAUCCUCAAUUGCAACGAAGAUGACAUUAAAUGGGUUUGCCAAGAAAUAGACCUGGGGGAAACAAAAGAGAUAAGAAACUACAUGGAGAAGCUCAAAGACAAAGCAUAGCUGUGGUUCACAGUUUUUUAUGGGUUAGCAACCACACCUUGAUGCCUUCAGUCGAAUCAGGAGGGACUUGCAGAAUAUGAUGGAUCUGUGUGUCAGAGAGAGAGAGUUGGGGAGGGAACCAAACAGACUUACACACAAUAGAUGUUUUCUAUAUAUAAUCAAGGAGAGGUAGUUGCUAAAGCAAUUCAUGGUGGGCUGUUGUUCUUUCCUCUCCCCUAGAUGGAAUGUCCAGCCAUUCGGGUAAGACAACCUCCACCAAGCUGGUGCCCUCCAGAUAUCUUGGACUACAAAUCCCAUCUGUCUCAGCCAGCACAGUUGUUGUAGCUUAGGCAUAUGGGAGUUGUGGUCCAAAACAUCUGGAUGACAACGGGUUGGUUGGAGCUGGGACAAGAAGUCCAAAGGAACUGAAGUAGCUGGUAUGAUGAAAGGAGACAAGGUGAGAUUAUGAAAUGGAUUAUUGGGAGGUCAAAGAUAAUUAAACACAAGGUACCGAAAGUAUUCUCUUUUGUUUACAAAAAAUGAAAAAAGAUAAUAAAAAAGAAAACUUCUUUAUAUUUCUAAUAAAGCAUCAAAAAUAUGAUACUGAGACCUAAGAUCAUCAAAAACAUGAUACUGAGUGGAUCAUACAGUUGCAGUGAC